GGUGGUGGUGGUGGUGGUGGGGACACAACGGGUCCAGUUGUGGACCAGAGGAACAGCUCCAUGCCAAGGGGAGCCGUUCAGAGUGAGGGAAGCGCGUGAGAGGAAAGCGAGCGGAAGGGGAGCGAGGCUGGAAAUCCCUACCACGUUUUGGCGCGUGCGCUUACGCUCGAUACAAAGUAACAAACGUGACGUUUUAACGGAGCUGAAUGUAAACACAAGCUCCUCUGUUUUUCUUUUUUUUUUUUUCUGGGUCCCUGCUGGACAUGUUUCCGGUGCUGUAGACCGAGCUGUUGUUCUCAGCCUGCUCUCUGCAUCGGUUUAUUUUCAUGCUAAAAUAAUAAUAAUAAUAAAAAAAAUACCGAAAGUUCGCGUUUUUCCUCCCUCUCCUGCCGCUCGGUUGUGACGAAACGUAAAAUGCAAAUACGGCGAGUGACUCCGGGCUUUCUUCGCUGUUAAGCGAGACUUCUCCACACUGCACGGACUUGCCUUUUUUUCUCUUCUUCUUUUUUUGCCUCACUGGAUUAUAUCUGAGUUAAACCGCUGCAUCCAGCGGUUCGCUUCUUGUCUGGAGGGGGAGACUGGACCGGAUCUGCUGAAUUCAACUUUUGUUUUGUUUGUUUGCUUGUUUUGAGCAUGAAGAGAAGAAAAUUCUCCUGCAUUUAGUCUCUUUUUUUUUUUUUUUAGUCUUCAUGGUGGGCAUCGCGGGAGAGCUGGCAUGCAGAGAUCCAGCCCAGCGUUUUCGCUGCUGUUAAGCCCGAACUUGUGACAUCACGUCGUUACAGGAGUAACAGUGAAUGACCGAGACGCCCAGAGGAGCCCAGAGGAAGCCGACCGCAGUGCCUGCUCGUGCGCCGAGGAACGCGGCUCUCCGCCGGCUGUGAAGCAGCUCCAGGGCUCGGUCCGUUUGCUGGGAGGGGUCUCCGGAGCAGAGAUGGAGGAGUGGAGGCAAUGCGGGCGGUGGUUGAUAGACUGCAAGGUCCUGCCCCCGAACCACCGGGUCGUGUGGCCCUCAGCGGUCGUGUUCGACUUGGCACAGGCGCUGCGGGACGGGGUGCUCCUGUGCCAGAUGUUGCACAACCUCUCCCCCGGAUCCGUGGAUCUGAAGGAGAUCAAUUUCAGGCCCCAGAUGUCACAGUUCCUGUGUCUGAAGAACAUCCGGACAUUUCUAAAAGUGUGCCACGACAAGUUCGCCUUGAGGAACAGUGAACUUUUCGACCCGUUCGACCUUUUUGAUGUCAGGGACUUCGGCAAGGUAAUCUCUGCCCUGUCGAGGAUCUCUCACCACAGCAUUGCACAAGUCAAAGGCAUCAGGCCUUUCCCGUCCGAGGACACAGCUCUGAAUGAGGAUGAUGUGUACCGGAGCCUGGAGGAGUUGGCAGAUGAGCAUGACUUGGGUGAGGACGACAUCUACGACUGCGUGCCAUGUGAGGACGAUGGGGACGACAUCUACGAGGACAUCAUCAAGGUGGAAGUACGACAACCCAUGAUCAGAUACAUGCAGAAAAUGGGCAUGACAGAAGAUGACAAGAGGAACUGCUGCUUAGUUGAGAUCCAGGAGACUGAAGCCAAGUACUACAAGACUUUGGAGGAUAUUGAGAAGAAUUACAUGAUCCCGUUGAAGCAAGUCUUGAGUUCACAAGAAAUGGAGGCUAUUUUUGUCAACCUGGAGGAUAUAAUCCGAGUCCACUUUGCCCUUCUGCGAGCCAUCGACCUGAACAUGGUCAGCGGAGGAAGCGGCCUCGGAAAGAUCUUCCUCGACUUCAAGGAAAGGUUGCUGAUCUACGGUCAGUACUGCAGCCACAUGGAGAACGCCCAGAAGACACUGGAUGAGCUAAUAGCAACAAGAGAGGAUGUCAAAAUUAAAGUGGAGGAAUGCACCAUGAAGGUGCAGGAGGGGAAGUUCAAGCUGCAGGAUCUCUUAGUGGUCCCCAUGCAGAGGGUGCUCAAGUAUCACCUACUACUGAAGGAACUUUUGAGUCACUCGACUGACCGACCUGAGAGGCAACAACUCAAAGAGGCUCUGGAGGCUAUGCAGGACCUGGCCAUGUAUAUAAACGAAGUCAAGAGGGACAACGAGACGCUGAAAAAGAUCAGUGAAUUCCAAAGUUCGAUAGAAAAUCUUCAGCAGGUGAAGCUGGAGGAGUACGGCAGGCCAAAGAUAGACGGAGAGCUGAAGGUGAGCUCCAUCGUCAACAGAACAAAACAAGACCGGUAUAUCUUCCUGUUUGACAAAGUGGUGAUCGUUUGCAAGAGGAAAGGCUACAGCUAUGAGCUGAAAGAGAUCAUCGAGCUCCAGUCGUACAAAAUGUCCGACGACCCCAUGAACAACAGGGACAUGAAGAAGUCAAGUGGAAAAAUGUGGUCCUAUGGUUUCUACCUGAUCCACCUGCAAGGAAAGCAGGGCUUCCAGUUCUUCUGUAAAACCGAGGAAACAAAGAGGAAGUGGAUGGAGCAAUUUGAGAUGGCCAUGUCCAACAUCAAGCCGGAGAGAGCUACCGCCAACCAGCACAACUUCCAAAUGCACACGUUUGACAAGAACACCAACUGCCGAGUCUGCAAGAUGCUCCUAAGGGGCAUUUUCUAUCAGGGCUACUACUGCUCUCGCUGCGGAACAGGAGCUCACAAAGAGUGCCUGGAAGUGAUCACCAUCUGUAAAAUCAAUCCUCUCGACAUGGACCCUGGACUAUCACCAGGUCCGAAGAUGGUGGCUGUGAGGAACUACCACGGCACCCCAACACCUCCGGGGAAGACGCCUCUCAGUUUCCAGACAGGAGACUUCAUCGAGCUGCUAAAGGGCGACCCAGACACCCCGUGGUGGGAGGGGAAGCUGAUGCAAACGCAAAAGAGUGGCUUCUUUCCCAGUUCAUGUGUAAAACCUUACUUAGACCCAAAGCCUUUCCAGUCAUUAUGCAGCCGGCAGUCAUCAAGAGAAGCAGACUACUAUGGAUAUCCUUGGUUUGCGGGGAACAUGGAGCGACAGCAGGCGGACAACCUUUUGAAAUCCCACUGCAGCGGCACGUACCUGAUCAGGGAGAGGACGGCAGAGGCAGAGAGGUUCGCCAUUAGCAUCAAAUUCAACGAUGAAGUAAAACACAUCAAAGUUAUUGAAAAAGACAACUGGAUCCACAUCACUGAAGCAAAGAAGUUUGAGAGUCUUCUGGAGCUGGUGGAGUACUAUCAGUCGCAUUCACUGAAGGAAAGCUUCAAGCUGCUGGACACCACGCUGAGGUAUCCCUACAAGUCGAGAGACCGCUCGCUAACCCGGGCUAGCACACGUUCACCAGCAGCAACCUGCGCCUCCUACAAUUUCUCCUUCCUCAGUCCACAAGGUCUGAACUUCUCCUCUCAGAGCUCCGCUCCCUUCUGGUCAGUGUUUACUCCUCGGGUGGUGAGCACAGCGGUGGCCAGGUAUAACUUUGCAGCACGAGACAUGAGGGAGCUGUCCUUGCGGGAAGGAGACAUCGUCAAAAUAUACAGCAAGAUUGGCGGAGACCAGGGCUGGUGGAAAGGAGAGGCCAACGGACGAGUCGGCUGGUUUCCCUCGACCUACGUGGACGAAGAAGGCGUGCAGUAAGGCUCCACGUGCCGGAGAACCCAGUCUCCUUUUGAACCGGGACCCAAAUUGUAUCUGCUGUCCUCAGAGCACAUGACUCGCUCUCUCCAGGAAAAAAGAACAUGUUUGUGCUGGAAUCCAAUUUUUCUGCAAGAGUUUUUACUCCAUUUCUUCAACUUUUUUUUCCACCAAUUAUGCAUCAGCUUUUUUUUUUGUGCGUGUGUGAUUUCUGUACAGAGAAUAAAAAAAAAAAAAUAGUCUUGCUGUGGGACUUCGCCUCUCCGUGUUCGGCGGAGACUUUACUAUAACGAGGACGCAGCGGGAACUUUUCUGUUCAUAGCUUUAUUUUGCGAAAAGAAAAUGCUCCCCUUUGUUGCAGGUCUGUGCCGGGUGAAUUAAUUGUACAGUAUAGAUAAUUUAUUGAAUAGAGAUUAUUAUCAGUACUAACGGUUGUUGUGGGGAAGGUUGCUUUGAGAGGAGAGUCGGAUCAGACAAAGUAAAAUAGGGAGGGGGGGGGGGAGGGAAAAAAAAGGAUGCGGUGUUUUUAUGUCGAGAGAUUUUUUUGCCUUAGUUGUCAUGGUGAUGCCUUGUGGGCUGACACCAGUGGAUGGAAUCGACUUUGUGGACUGGUUUUUACUUCUCCAUGUAUGCAUGUGCCCACAUACACACACCCACACACACACACACACACACACACACACACACACACACACACACACACACACACACACAAAUGCAAAUGUACAGUACGGUGCCUUCAGAAAAAAACAAAAAACAAAAAAAACACUCGAGCAUCAGUCAGUGAAGUGAAGAGCCUCUCCAGUUCGUCCACAAGCACAGGACUUUACUGAAGCAGCUGCGGGGCACAGAUACAACUUUACAGGUUCACUCAAGACCGGAUGGACUCGCGGAACCAGAGUUUAGCCAAUCACACGCACGGUUCACAUCUGUGGGGGGGUGUCACAGUCCCGUGGGAUGCAAAAAGGGAGAGCCCGUUGGAACUCGACGCCGCGCUUUUUAGAAUCUGUACUCAUCGUUCCUUCAUCGUCUCCUGCACAGAAUCACAAGUGACUGAAUGGAAGAGGCGAAGCAGCAGCCGAAUCCCGCCAUGUUUCAGUGUCUGCACGGAGUUUCAGUCGUCGCUUGGAGUCUUCUACCUGCCUUAACUUUUGUUUUUCUUCACCACAGUACCUAAUGAGAUGCCCCCCCUCCCCUCCAUCCAUCAAUCUCCCCCCUAUCAACGUGUUCAUGUGGGAAAUUCAUUUCCGGUGCUCUUUUAUUCCUCUGAAAGAAAACUGGGUGUAAAAUCCGCAAAGGGGAAGUUGAUGUGCUUCGUGUUUUAUGUUCGUCCCGGUCGAUUCCUGGUGACAAACGUUAAUGUUUGCCACUUUGUGUUCAUCAACACAAGUGUGCAAUUAUUUAGUCAACCUCUACAGUGAAAGCCAUCGUCUUUGCUGCAAAGCAAUAAAGAAACGUGUCAGUUUCUUUUGAUUCCUGAGGACUGAAAUGUAAGCACGAAGCACACCAGCUCCGGCCGGAUCGCAGGCUAACGUGAGCGCCGCUGCGAGAGGCGCAGCGACAGGAAGGGCCACCAUGUUGUCUGGAAGAGAACGGGAAGGGUGAGUGAAGGCGGCGAUGGUCAGGGCUGUCCUCGCUUUUCACCCGGUGGACAAAAACCCAUUGCAUGUGUUGAUAUGUCGACUCCUGUCAGUUCAUCACAGAAGAAUUAAAUACCUGAUCGUGUACAUGUUCUUUUUUUCUUGCUUUUUUUUGUUUCUUUUUGAAUGGUUGAGUGUUUCCAAAUGAGGUCUAUUAUGAAAUAAAUAUCUCUUUUGAUUUAAA